CGGAUAUGCCCCAGCAAACAACGUGUUGAAGUGAGCUGUGUGAAAAUUUCAUCCGUAAUAAGUCAAAAAGUUCAGUCAAAGGAUAAAGUUUUGGUCGGUGAAUCGAAGUCAUGGGUCGAAAGUUGGAUCCCACCAACAAGGUGAAGAGAGGGCCGGGUAAGAAAGCCAAAAAGCAGCGUGGAGCAGAGGUUGAGUUGGCCAAAUUUAUAACAGAUGAGGAAACGGGACCAAAACGUCUGUCGAGUAGAGGCAGGAAACGCGCUGCAAAAAGAGUUCAGAAUCUGGAAAAGCCUAAAGAUGUUGUUGAGAAACAGUCCAAGAAAGGAUUCACUGAUGGAAACAGUAAAUGGCUGAAACCAACAAAGAGGAAGCGCAAACUUAAUGAGCCUGAAAGUGAAGAUGACAGCGAGGAGCACUGGGAAGAAGAUGAUGAUGAUGUGGAGGAGGAAGAGAAGCAGCUUGUGCAGAAGGAAGAAAAAAUCACAAAAAAGAAGGGUGCAAAAGUGGGAUUGAAAAUACUGGAAGAGGAAGAUGAUGACAGUGGUGAUGAUGAUGAAUUGAUUGAUGACUACGGUACGCUUGAUGACGGCAGCGACGAUGAAGCUGGAGAAGAGGACGGUGAUCUUCUUCCCAUCGAACGUGCUGCCAAAAAAGAAAAAAAACUGAAGAAAUCCAUGGCUCUGGGGGAAGACGAAUAUAUCGAGUCUGAGGAUGACGAUGAGGAUGAAGACGAGGAUGAAGAUGAACAGAAAUCAGAUGCUGACAUGGAUGAAGAUGAAACGAUACAAACCAACACAUUGGAGGAGGACACAUUCAGACUGCCCACUUCAGAGGAGAGUGAGAAGGAAGGCAUCUCGUCUAUAGAUCUGAAGACGAUUCAUCAAAGAAUAAAGGACAACAUCGAUGUUCUCUGUAAUUUCUCUGCCAAAAGAGAGGAGGGGAAAGACAGAGUGGAGUACCUGGCUCUGCUGAACAAAGACCUCUGUACUUAUUACAGCUACAACGAGUUCCUCAUCGAGAAAUUAUUGGACCUCUUCCCUCUUUCAGAGCUGGUUGAUUUCCUUGAAGCUAAUGAAAUUCAGAGACCCGUCACGAUUCGGACCAACACACUGAAAACGAGGAGGCGAGAUCUUGCACAGGCUUUGAUCAACAGAGGAGUAAAUCUUGACCCACUGGGGAAGUGGUCUAAAGUGGGUUUGGUUGUCUAUGACUCGUCUGUACCAAUCGGUGCCACUCCGGAGUAUUUGGCUGGUCAUUACAUGCUGCAGGGAGCCUCCAGCUUUCUGCCGGUCAUGGCGCUCUCACCACAGGAGGGAGAAAUGGUGCUGGACAUGAGCUCAGCUCCAGGAGGGAAGACCACCUAUAUUGCUCAGCUGAUGAGAAACACCGGAGUGAUUAUUGCUAAUGAUGCAAACGCUGAAAGACUGAAGAGCGUGGUGGGAAACAUUCACCGUCUUGGGGUCACAAACACCGUGGUCUGCAACUACGACGGCAGGCAGUUCCCAAAGGUAAUGGGUGGGUUUGAUCGAGUGCUGCUUGACGCACCGUGCUCGGGAACUGGAGUCAUUGCUAAAGAUCCUGCUGUGAAAACCAGCAAGGAUGAAGCGGAUAUUAAGCGCUCUGCUCAUUUGCAGAAGGAACUGAUUCUGUCGGCCAUCGACUCUGUGAAUGCAGCGUCCCCUACUGGAGGGUAUCUAGUCUACUGCACGUGCUCUGUAACGGUGGAGGAGAAUGAGUGGGUGGUGGAUUACGCUUUGAAGAAGAGGAAUGUCAAAUUGGUUCCUACAGGACUCGACUUUGGGAAGGAAGGCUUCACCAGUUUUCAAAAAUUUAGAUUCCAUCCUUCUUUGCAACUCACACGGAGAUUUUACCCACAUUCACACAAUAUGGAUGGAUUCUUUGUGGCCAAGUUUAAAAAGUUCUCCAAUGUAAUUACACCUCCUGCUGCUGAUGGGACAAAAGAAGAGAAAGCAGAAGCUCCUGAGGCUACAGAAGCUACAGACUCUUCGAAGGUGAAAGCGUCCAAAAGUGACAAGGCUAACAAGGCCAAAGCAAACGGAACAGCUGUUAAGAAAUCUGCAAACAUCAAGUCGGCGGGACAAAAAAACUUUGGACCGAAGAAGGCAAAGAUUGCCAAGAUGGAUGCCGAGACGGAGAAAGGAGCAGAGGCCAAAAAGGCUGUAGCGAAGACGCCCAAUCAGCCCAAAGCAUCAAAAACUGGCAAAGAAGACGGAAAAUUUGAGAAAAACCGAGGCAAAAAGAUGAAGAUGCACAUGAAGGGGAAGAACAGAAUGGGAAACAAUAAAUUCAAGAAGUUUAAACAAAAGUGGCAAAAGCAAAAUAAAAAGUGAUGCAUGGACGGUGUGAAAAUAUUAUAAUAAGAUCACAAACGAACUGGAGUUUUCUUAUACAAACCCUACAACUUCAUGCAUUUGUGUGUCUGCUCUAUCACUUCAGAGCAGUAUGUGUUAAAUAUGUUGGUAACAUGGCUACGGUCUAAUGGAUUUACACGUUCACCGCUUUUUAUUUUAUAAUCAGUUCAUUUUAUUAAUUGAUUCGUUGCUCAAAAUACAGCUAUG